AUGUUGCCAGAGUCCAAUGUCGUGUUGAGGUUGCCGAGAGUCGAGUGUGAGGAGAGAUAUCAGCUGUUGGAGCUACCAUUGGAGAUUGUCAAGAAAGUCAAGGGGAAUUACAACUUGACGAUCAGGGGCAAACCAACGGAUGAUGCGGUCUUAUGUACGCCCGACGCGACAUUCGGACUUCGCUCUGUCCUCGUAUCCAACUCACUACUGGUUUGUAGAGAUGCGGGCGGUAGUAGAUCGACGCUGGAGAUACGUGAUACGAGUCAUCAAGUGAUUGAAUGCGUCCCUCGGGCUCCGGAUCUCGAGCGGAUAAGGACGUUACUCAAGCCGUCUCAGUGGGAAGGAAUGGACUCGAAGAAGAGAAAGAGGGACAUGUGGACGAGGGAUCAGCUUGGGAGUGUGAUUCAAGCAUCUGAGAAGGAGCUAGAGAUGGGGCUAAAGGAGAGAAAUGUCGUGGAGUACCAAGGCCGGAUGAUGAUGUUGCCAUCGAGACAUUUGGUACCAUUAUUGAACAUACUAUUGACGUUGCUGGUGGUACAUGGGAAGAAUUCGGUAUGCCCCAUCAAGCCGAUAUUAUCAACCUUGAGCGAUCACGACUUGACGGAGGAUUUUGUCCUUGUCGUGCUGGACCUAUUUGGCGAGGUAGAUGAUGGGACAUGGACCUGUAACCUCGAGCAAGUGAUACGGGAGAUCGGCCUAGGUCUCUUAGCACGCCUCAGUGGACCCGUCCCAUCGGAGACUUUUGAAUCAGAUUGGCACGAGCAAGUAGGAGAUACAUGGGCACAUUUAGCAACUUUGGAUCUGCUCAAGGGCAAUCACCUGACCCAGACUGAUCUAAGAAAUACAACCAUCACCUCGUUCCCCGUCCAUGAGCUCUCGCUCGAUCCUGCUACGCGAUUCUCCGACUUGUUUCUGACAAGGCCUAAAUGGUUGGCCGAGGAGAUGAAACCGUUUUUGAGGGGAUUGGUCAGGGAUGGAGAUGACAAGGCGAGGGACAAGCUCGUCGGGAAGUAUGUGAGAGUGGUGAAGACCGCUGCAGAGCGCGGCGAGGCCACGGAAGUGUGGUGGUAUCCUCGAAAGAUGUAG